AUGGAGGACUUGGAGGGGAUUUGGGAGAGGUUAAACCUAAACAAGGAUGAUAACACAUUGAUAUAUCUUCAACUGGAAGACUUGGAGAAAAUUAGUAGCAGGGGGAAAUGUAGUUUAGUAGGAAAGGUAUGUUCGAACAGGAAGAUAGGAAGGGAGGCUGUGUAUUCAACAAUGAUGAAAAUAUGGAAAGUGAGCAAACCCCUUUCCUUCGUAGAAAUCAGACCAAAUACCUUUGUUAUCACAUUUGUGAAUCAAGGAGAUAGGAGGCGAAAAAUGGAGGGUUGCCCUUGGCUUUUUGAAAACCACAUGUUUGUGCUGAAACUGUUUGAUGAGUUGUCCCAACCAAACUCAAUCAACUUUGACGUGGCUUCGAUGUGGGUUCAAAUGCACAAAAUGCCUCUAGGGUGUAUGACGCGUCAGACGGGAGUUUUGAUUGGGAGCUCGGUGGGCAAUGUCUUGGAGGUAGAUGCACUAGAGGAUGACGUGAGGUGGGGGAACUACCUGAGGGUCAAAAAAUACAUGGACUUGAGGAAGAUUAUUGCAAGAGGAAGAAUCAUGAAUCUAGAAGGACAGAAGAUGUGGGUUCCUUUUGUCUAUGAGAAGCUACCAAAGAUGUGUUUCAAAUGCAAGUGCAUCCUCCAUGGGGAAAUGAGAUGUGCUAGGCAAGGGUUAAAAUAG